GAUCUUUGGAACAACAUUUCCCGCUCGCCCAAGCGGGCAGUUUCAUCCAUGGCGGGAGAAAUCAAAGUUCGACUUCAGCAUCACAAAGACAGGUUUGAGGUGACCUUGCCCGCCACCAGCCGAGUGUCAGCGCUCAAACAGGAGGCCUCGCGCUUGACCUCGGUCGAGCCGGGACGGCAACGGCUGAUUUGUCGCGGGAAGGUGCUGGACGGCUCCCUGGAGCUUCAGACGCUGCUUCCGAAGGCAGGUGCUGAGCUCACAGUGAUGCUAAUGCCCAUGGAAUCCAGUGGCGACCAGGCCAGAAGGACCUGGCAGCACUACCAGCGGGUGCUACUCGCAUGGCUCAGGAGCAUUUGGGUUCCUCGGCACAGGGCAACGCGCUGCUCCACAUGCGCGUUGCACCUGCACGUGGGCGGCUUGCCGUGUGUGAGGCCUUCAUGUACAGUUUCUUCCAUUCGCUCCUAGUACCAAGCGCCUAUGCGCCGUCCAAAGCUCACAAGGAGCACCACACGGAUGGCAUCGAUCCCACUGACCUGGCGCGUUUGGCAGCGUGUGGUGCUGGCGGCUGAGGUUAAGCAGGUCGCCUAGGCCCCGGUGCCUGGGCGAUCCCUCGCUGAGUUUCCGCAAAGCGUGCGAGUCACCAGUGGCCCAGACAAGCAC